UAUGUGAAGCGGCUGACUGCAAAUGAUCAUAAUAAGCAGUCCGGCGCCGAGAAAAGAAAAAGAGAAAAAGUCCAAGAAGAAGCCCGUGUAUCACUUUCAGACAUGGCAUCAGAACCUAUUGAACUGGCAGCCCUAGGAAGACCUCUGUUUCCUGGUAUGCUGUAUGACUGCCGCAAGGAUUCCUUCAUUCCAGGUGUUACUUUGUGGGAUAAGAAAUCACUGAGUGAAGAUUUGGACAGUCGUCCACAGCUCAUGACAGAUUUGAAGUUCAGUAGCUCAGACUCUCUCUCUAGUAAGGCCAGUCUCCUGAAUGUAAGCGCUUCACUGAAGGCCAGCUGUUUGGGGGGGCUGGUGGAGGUGGGAGGAUCUGCCAAGUACCUGCAAAACACCAAAUCCUCCAAACAACAGUCCAGAGUAACAAUGCAUUACAGUGAAACCACAAGAUUUGAUCAACUUACUAUGACUCAGCUCGGCCAGAUCACCUACCCUCAGGUGUUUGAUCAGAAAACUGCAACUCAUGUGGUCACGGCUGUGCUGUACGGUGCUCAGGCCUUCAUGGUGUUUGAUCGCUCAUUUGCAGAAGAUGAAAACAAGCAGGAGAUUGAGGUAGAACUGAAGGUCAUAGUCAAGAAGAUCCCUACAUUUUCCAUUGAGGGAGAAGGAGCUGUAAAAAUGACGGAUGAAGAUAAUAAAAAGGCUGAGAUUAUCACCUGCACAUUUCAUGGUGAUGUCCAUCUUGAGCAGAGUCCCACCACAUACAUGGAGGCCCUAGAGGUGUACAAGAAGCUCCCCACUCUACUGAAGGAGAAUCCUCAGAAUGCAGUGCCAAUAAAAGUCUGGCUCUAUCCUCUUUGUCUACUGGAUGCAAAAGCAGCUCAGCUGGAGAGAGAAAUCAGCACACGUUUGAUUUCCAACACUGCAGAAAUGAUGGAGGGGCUGUGGGAGGUAGAGAGGACAUGCAAUGACCUGUGCAGGAGAACAGAGGUAGAUGUCUUUAGUGAUAUCAAAGCAAGGUUGCACUCAUUUCAGGAUUCAUUUAGCAUUUACAAGAUGGUGUUUCAGAAAGAACUGGCCAGGGUCUUGCCUGCCAUUCGAGGAGGAGGUAUGGAGGAACAAUCCCUGGAAGACAUCCUGAAGAUACACAGCAACUCCCCUUUUAAUGCUGACUUACUUAACCAGUGGUUAGAUGAUGCAAAGUCUGAACUUUAUUUGCUGAAUAAUCACAGCAAGACACUAAAUGAGAUCAACAUAGUAGAUUCAGAUGGGCUCAAAGCCAUCCUUCUUGAUCCUGAUAUUGAUGUAGUGUUGUGCUUGACCUUCACAUCUCUAAAAUAUGAAGACCCAUAUCUUUCAACCCUGACAGAGUUUCUAAAAUCUGACAAGUUUAAAGAGCUAGAUUAAAUAAAAAAAACGGUUUCUGUGACAUCAGACAUCAGGAAGUGGUUCAAUGAUCCUGAAGUCAUUAAAAAGAUGAGAGAGAACUUAUGUCUCUUCAAGAGAUUUUCCGAGGUCAAUAAAAAUGAGAAGAGUAUUCGAUUCAUUAUAUCUGCCAUCUCCAAUCCCUCCAUUCCAGGCUCCUACAUCUAUCUGUAUGAAAAUGGGAAACUGACAGACACAAAGUUCCAGCCCGUGUCCAAGCCACCUCCACCAGUAGUGAAGAAUGUCCUGGGGCGAAAUGUUUCCCUGAAAUUGCAGAAGUCCCCAACUGGAGAAACAGUGAAGUACAGAGUGGAGUACAAGCAGGUGAAAGCACAUUCUAGAGCUGAGGAACACUGGCUUGUCAUAGAUGCCGAUGAAGACUUCAGCCUUACUGAAUUGGUAUCUGGAAAGCAGUACCUGAUCCGCUACAGGAUAGUGGGUAAACUGGGAGUGAGUGAAGCCAGUGAAACUGUCAGUCCUACGCUCUCUUUAAUCACCAAGUGGACCAGGAAGGACUUCCUACAAUAUUCCCGUCAUCUCACUCUGGAUCUGAACACAGCGAAUAGAUGGCUCCGUCUGUCUGAGAACAACAGAGUGGUUACUCACACUUUCCCAAAUCAGCCGUAUCCUUAUCAUCCAGACAGAUUUGAUGUGUAUCAGGUGUUGUGUAGACAGCGUGUAUGUGGACGCUGUUACUGGGAGAUUGAGUGGAGUGGAUGUAUUGGUGUGUCAAUAUCAGUGUCAUAUAAGAGCAUCAGCAGGAAGGGAGAUGGUGAUGAGUGUGUGUUUGGAUAUAAUGAUCGGUCCUGGAGUUUGAGCUGCUGUCGCUCCAGUUACUCAUUCACACACAAUAAGGUAGAGACUCGUCUCCCUGUAGAGCCCAUCAGCAGUAGAAUAGGAGUGCUUGUGGAUGUGGGUGCAGGAACUCUGUCCUUCUACAGCGUCUCUGACACAAUGAGUCUCAUCCACACAGAACAGAUCACAUUCACUCAGACGCUCUAUGCUGGGUUUGGGGUUUAUCCUGGAUCAUCAGUGAAACUGUGUUGAUGAAUCAG